AUGUCUGACGCACAACCAAUCUUGGAUCACAUUGUUGUGCUAGUCUCAUACGAAACACUACAAGAGCUACCGGAGAAGCUCAAGGAGCAUUUCAACAUUAUCCCAGGAGGCGGUGCAACAACGGGCGUCACGAUCAACAAACUCCUUAUCCUGCCCGAUGGCACAUACCUUGAGCUUGUUGCCUUCAAUAAAGGGGUUGAGCCUGAAAAGCGACAAGCUCAUCGCUGGAGCAACGCUACGGAGGGUAGUGUCAUUGACUGGGCUUACACUUUGAAUAGCCCUGAUGAGUUUGAGCCUAUCCAGCAGCGAGUCAACGGUUCUGAAUCUGGUGUCUUCUACCAAGAACCUGUCCCCGGCGGGAGAAAGCGACCUGAUGGUGUUGAACUAAAGUGGUCAAUUAUUCUGCCAGUUGGUGAACACCAGAACCGUCUUCAGCCGGGUAUAGCCCCAUUCUGGUGCUUGGACAAGACACCGAGAUCACUCAGGGUCCCUUAUCUGGCCGAGGACGGAAACGAGCCCGCCACUUGUACGCAGCACCCCUGCGGUGCACAGUCUGUAUCCAAGCUCGAGGUUCUCGUACCUCGCGCUUUGCAGCAGAAGAUGGGGAAGGCAUACGCAUCUAUUCACACCAUCACCCAGGGAGGCAGAACUUGGGGUUAUGGAACACAUGGUGACUCCGAACUUGCUGGGGGCCUGGUGACUCUUGGCGAGAGUCCAGACUCAACCGUCAAGAUUGCACUAACCCUGAAAGGCGACAAGUCCCAAAAGAUCGCUAUACUUCCAGGAGUCGAAAUUACGAUAACAAAGUGA